CUCCCUCCCUGCUCCGCGGGCACCGCUCCGCGAGUCUGCGGCAGAGCCUCUUGGCCGAGUUGGGGCCGGGCCGGCGCGGGGACUGGGCCGGGGCUGGGCCAGCGCGUCCUCGCCGCCCGCCCCCCACUUCGCCCUCGCGCGAGGCCGGGGUCUCUCCUGCUGCUGCGGCCGCUCCGUUGCUGAUACCACCAUCGUUCAGGACCGGGCAAGGGCUAGGAGGCCAGAGGGCACGGCAUCGCACAGACCAGACCUCUGACCUGUUCCUCACCCACCCCCGCGGCCACCAUGUGGAACAUCUUCAAGAAGAACCAGCAGCCCGAGGCGGCGCCGGCCACCACCACGGCCACCAUGCCCGUCAGGCCGGUGGGCAACUCCACCGAGAGUGGGGGUGCCGGGGGGAGCAAGGAAGACAUGUUUGCCAAGAUAAAGGAGAAAUUCUUCAAUGAGAUGAACAAGAUCCCUCUGCCCCCCUGGGCGCUGAUAGCCAUCACCGUGGUGGCCGGCCUCCUGCUCCUCACCUGCUGCUUCUGCAUCUGCAAGAAGUGCUGCUGCCGGAAGAAGAAGAACAAGAAGGAGAAGGGCAAGGGCGCCAAGAAUGCCAUGAGCAUGAAGGACAUGAAGGGCGGGCAGGAUGAUGAUGAUGCAGAGACCGGCCUCACCGAGGGGGAGGGGGAGGGCGAGGAGGAGAAGGAGCCGGAGAACCUGGGCAAGCUGCAGUUCUCCCUGGACUACGACUUCCAGGCCAACCAGCUGACCGUCGGCGUGCUGCAGGCUGCAGAACUGCCUGCCCUGGACAUGGGAGGCACCUCAGACCCUUACGUAAAAGUCUUCCUCCUCCCAGACAAGAAGAAGAAAUAUGAGACCAAAGUGCACCGGAAGACGCUGAACCCCGCCUUCAACGAGACCUUCACCUUCAAGGUGCCGUACCAGGAGCUGGGGGGCAAGACCCUGGUGAUGGCCAUCUAUGACUUCGACCGCUUCUCCAAGCACGACAUCAUCGGGGAGGUGAAGGUGCCCAUGAACACGGUGGACCUCGGCCAGCCCAUCGAGGAGUGGAGAGACCUGCAGGGCGGCGAGAAGGAGGAGCCGGAGAAGCUGGGCGACAUCUGCACGUCCCUGCGCUACGUGCCCACGGCCGGGAAGCUCACCGUCUGCAUCCUCGAGGCCAAGAACCUGAAGAAGAUGGACGUGGGCGGCCUCUCAGACCCCUACGUGAAGAUCCACCUGAUGCAGAACGGCAAGAGGCUCAAGAAGAAGAAGACGACGGUGAAGAAGAAGACGCUGAACCCCUACUUCAACGAGUCCUUCAGCUUCGAGAUCCCCUUCGAGCAGAUCCAGAAAGUCCAGGUGGUGGUCACGGUGCUGGACUACGACAAGCUGGGCAAGAACGAGGCCAUCGGCAAGAUCUUCGUGGGCAGCAACGCCACGGGCACGGAGCUGCGGCACUGGUCCGACAUGCUGGCCAACCCGCGCCGGCCCAUCGCCCAGUGGCACUCGCUGAAGCCCGAGGAGGAGGUGGACGCUCUCCUGGGCAAGAACAAGUAGGAGCAGCGGCCGCCGCGGCCGCAGGGCCGGCUCGGACGACAGACCCAGAGCUCUCGAUACCUCAGUUACGCCCUCGAGGUUCCCCCCCUGUGGUCGCGUCCUCGUUCCCCUUCCUUUCCGUCUGUUUAAAGACCGGCUUCCCGCUGGCGGCUCUGAGGAGCCUCCCCAACCAGCGGACGAGGAGCCCGGCUCUUGUCACCGUCCGGGAGCCGCUCGCUGCAUGCCCGUCACCGCCAUCGUCAUCGCGGUCCCAUCAGGGUCCCUCGGUCCCAGCCUCGCCCGAGCCUCACAGGAGUGAGGCCCUCUAGUGGCAGAAAGUCUUGACGUGUCCCCUUUUUUGCGUGUUCUGGGCCCACACAAUGGCACUUCCUGUGUCCUGGGGGGGAAGGCUGCACAGUGGCCAGCGACGGUGUGCACACUUGUCCACAUGUGUGUGCACACGUGUCCACAUGUGGGUGCACACGUAUACACUGUGUGUGAGUGCAUUGUGUGUGCAUGCGUGCAAGGGCAUUGUGCACACGUGUGUGUGCGCGGACAUUGUGCACACGUGCGUGUGCGUGUGUGUGAGUGCAUGUGUGUAAGGGCACUGUGCACACGUGUGUGUGCAUGUGUGAGGGCAUUGUGCACACGUGUGUGCAUGCAUGUGAGCAUCUCCACAUUCCUGGAACGAGCCAUGGACAGCGCACUGCUGCAGGAACGGAAGGCUCUCCGGGGACCCUGACGCCACCGCAGGUCCUCGGUCUGCGUGGGAGGCAGCGGUGGCGAAGGCCCCGGACCCGCUCAGCUGCCGGAAGCGCCCGCCCUCCUCACGGGCGACCCUCUGGGAGGCGAGCUGUGGGGAUGGAUCUGUCCGGAGCCAGGACCAAGCCCUGCCACCGUGGACUUCCUGCGCUCAGCGCGGUGGCCCACGGGGGUGGCUUCUGGGACAUUCGUGGACGGGAGCCGUUUGCCGGGUUGGUCGGCCUCCGAGGGGACUGUCAGUCCCGGGAUCUCACGCUCCUUGACCGUUCAUCUCACACCACAAAGAACCAGGGGCCCCGUGACCCCGAGACCAAGCGCCCCUCCUGGACCCUUGCCCCCCGCUCCCCCCCGCCCCGGGGGAGCAGACGCCCCACGGUCCACGCCCUCAUUUCCCAUCAUGCUUUGGCUUGUUUCCUCUCUUAAACCAAGUGAAGCAACCUGUCGGCAGGCCCGGCGCCCGCGGAGCCAGAGGGACGUUGGCUGGUUUAGUCCCCGAG